UGAAGUGUUCAUAUCAUGGAAUCUAAAAAGAACAGUGAUGUUAAAAGCAAAAGGCGAUUCUUCAACCAGACCUCCCAUCUUCUUCCUCAUCCUGAGGAAGCUGAGUAUGCUGCAUCUGUCAGAGAGGUUGCAGCAGGAGUGAACAACACUGGUUUUGGCCAGGCCCAUUCUGCCAGUGCAUCAGAAUCAAAGUUGCCAGAGGAAAGCUUACCAUAUGUAAGUUCAUCUUCAGAUGCAGAUCUUGAAAUGUGUAAUAAGAACAGAGUGAGAAUUUGCUGUGCACAAGCAGAUGAAAGCAAGAAAGAAGCUGAUGUGCUGGGAAAGGCAUGCGAUGAUGCACAUUUGUAUUGCGAGAUGUGUGGAGAUGGCAGACAAAGCUAUUUCACUGAAGAUUCACAGCUGGACUAUCUCAGUGUUAACGAGGAAGAUUUUGACAGCAGUAGCUCAAAUGAGUUUUCUGAGCAAAAGGAAGCUGUAGAAACCAAAACCUUAAAGCAGAUCAGUUCAGUUCAUGAAGUUCCAGGGGAUGGAGUCGCAAAGGAACAAAAUCUCUUAGAUGUGUCAGAAAAUAGUUUACCUGCUUCCGAGUAUGACACAGCUGCGCCAAAGCCGCUCCAUCUGCUUCAGGAGUGCAGUGACAUGAGAUGUGAUUGCCAGGAAAAGCAAACAGAGUAUCACAGUGCUGUUUGUGGCAGUACACUUGAAAAUCAUUCUUGUGGAAGUACAAAAAGCGUCUGUCCAAAUCUGCUUGUAUGUGACAGUUCAGAAAACAGCGAGGCGAAAGGUAACCUGCUGACUGAUGACACGCAGCCACCCCCGAUGGCUGCAGGGGCAGUGGCUGAACACAGCGACAGACACGUUCAUAACACCUCGGUGAGGCAAGACAGUCCUUUGCUGUCACCACGGAAGAGGAUCCCUGCAGAGGCCAUGCAGUUUCACGGAAGUGCAAGGGGGUGUGGUUUCUACAGCUAUGUGGAAUCUUGUGUGUGCAUGUGCAGCACCAGCCACACUGAUUGCACCGUGAAGGAUGCUGAAAGCCAGUUUCCAGUCUCUGAAAUUCUCACUGGCAAGAAUCUCUCUUUUGGGGUGGAAGAUGCAGGUGAAUCCUCCCAUGGAAAAAGCAGCUGUCUAAACUCGGAGCAUCAUGGAAACUUGAAAAACAAAACUGGUGUCUCUACCAUUGACCAGGCUGUUGAUGUGAGUUCUGAUUUUCGAGCUUGCUUUACAACAACCAGAAGUGUCAGUGCUCAGGCUUGUCUCUUAUCCAGGGCUAUUAAUACAGAGCUAACAACGAUGAACAAAUCUCAGUUUGUGGAAUGGCCCCGUGAAAGCUGUGCAGGUGUUACUUCCAGUACAGACUGGUUACAGGGAGCCGGUAGCACAGAGGAGAUUCAGUCACAGCUCCCUGACACACUGGAAGACCGCUUGGAUGGCAAUGCUGCAAUAGCUGGAAGAAGUACUAAAAUUGAGGAACAUGAGUGGUGUGGCAGCAAUUUGAAGAUAAGCACUGACAGGCUCAUGCAACUCGACAAACAAGCUGUGAAGGAUUCCACACCAAGCUGCUGUCAAAAAAUACUGCAGAGGGCAAUUGAAGCAGAAUUGCAGCUCCUAAAUGCUCAUUAUAAGAUGUGCUAUCAGUAUUGCUUGAAGAUUUAUAAGCUGGCUUUGGAGGAAAACGCAUGUUUUCACAGUUGUAACAGAAAUGCUGAAUUAGGUUCAUCUCUCAUGUUGGUUUUGGAAGAGCUAAAAAAGAAUUACAACAGUAUGAGAAUGAAAAUAAGAACGGGCACACCUUUAAGUGCACUUCCACCGCUGUCAGUUCAGAUAAAGUUGUUCCCAAUCUCCUCUUCUUAUAUCCACUGCGAGGCCAAUCCAUGGACUGUGUGUUUAACUGAUGGCUGUCAGCCAAGUGAACCUCCUUCCUCCAAGACAUCUGUAGAACAACAUAAAGAUCAGGAUGUGGAAUGUGAAGUGAAGAUAACGGAGAGUGGAAAUGAGUGUUCAUUUGUUCGUGUUAGUGGCCUGAGUUCCUUGGUGUCAGAGGGUGAUUUAAGAUCACAUUUCCAGAAGUAUCAGAUUGCUGAUAUUCUUAUCUGUGUGGCUUCUGGUAAUUACAGAUACGCAUUUCUUUGCUUCAAAGAGAUGAAUCAAGCCCAGUUAGCUGUAGAGGAAAUGAACCAGAAAGAAAUAAAAGGAAAAGCAAUAAGUGUUGAACUUGUAGAUGAUUCAUCAGAGAACAAGUCUUUGGUUUCCCAACUACUUAAAGUUAAGCUUCAGCAUGAAAUCCAACCUGUUGAUAACAGUCAAAUAAAAAGUCAAGAUAAAGCACUUGCUUCAGCCUCCGGUGCUGUGAAAGUAUGUGAUGCCACUUCUGCUUCAGAUAAAGCUCAUCUCCACCCCUUAACUUCUUCAGACAUUUCUUCUACCCAAGUACCUUUGGAAACAAAGUGUCCUGGGUUGAAAUCACCUACUGAAGAUUUGAAUAUUAGAGAAAACUUGCAGCAGAAAACCCCAUCUCCUCUCUCCACAAGUUCCUGUGAUGCCUUUAUUUCUCCUAAUGCACCGAACUUGAGCAGCUUUACCAAGUUAAUGAAUAAACUUCAAGAAAUUCACCCAGCCGCCAGCAGAGACAAAAUUGUGGCUGCAUUGGUGGAGGUGAAGAAAAAUAACAAAGGUGUCCUAAGCGGCUUGUCCAUCAAUUCUAUUGUGGAAAGGACCUCUGUAGUUCUGACGGAAUCAACCCCCAGUUGUGGGUCGGAGAAGGAAUGUGUACAGCUUCAGGCUUUCCUGAAGGGUCCGUGUCCACUGAGAAAUGCCACCUUGGAGUCCUUGCAAGCGGAUGAAAUGUCCAGAGUUGUACAGAUAGUACUUAGCGAAAUGCCAUUAGUGGGGCUGGAAGGAGGGCUCAGGAGGAGGCGUGAGAGGAAAGGGUUUCUCGGUGCUUCCCAGCUGAACUCCUGCUCCCUCCCCGCAUCCCUGCCCGGAGCAGAAGGAGGCAGCGCUGCCUGCGGAGCCCCUCGGGAAGGCGACGCGCUCCCAACACCGGCACGGUGGGGCGGUGUCCCGGGCCGUGCCGCGCCGUGCGCUGCCGGGCCCGCCUCUGCAGCGGCCGCCCCGCUCCCGGCGGCGAUGGCCCUGCUCCCGCGCCGCUUCCUCUGCUUCCUCCUCGCCCAUCACUUCAUUGCAGCGACGGCGUGCCAGGAGGCGGACUAUGGCUGGAUGAUCCGGCACUACUGCCUGAAGCAGUUCCAGCUCAGCAUGGAGGGCAUUGGGCAGCGGCUCUGGUGUGACUGGGACGAGACUGUGGGCACUUACGGGGAGCUGACAAACUGCACCGUGCUGAUCGCCGAGAGGCUCGACUGCUACUGGCCCAACCGCCUGGUGGACGAGUUCUUCGUGGCUGUGCACAAGCAAUACUUCAGGAACUGCUCUUCCUCUGGCCGAGCACUUCAUGAUCCCCCCAACAGCGUCCUCUGCCCCUUCAUCCUGCUGCCCGUCCUCGUCACACUGCUGAUGACUGCGCUGGUGGUGUGGAGGAGCAAACGCAGUGAGGGCAUCGUGUAAGGACGCGGCGCUGCCGGAGCGGGAUGGGGGUCCCCCACCCUGGGAUUUUGGGAAGACCCUGACAGAGGAGCAUCCCGGAACUCCAGGGCAGAGACGGUUUCCAAAUAAAUACAUCAUUUAAGACUUGGUCGUGUGGCAAACUGGGAUGCCGGUGUGGCUGCCCUGAGAGCGGGAAGCACGGCUUACCCCGGGCAUCGGCAUCACCAUGGCUCUGCUCAGCCGUGCCCAGCUGCUUCCAUCACGGCACCCCCGGUGUGAUGUGCCAAAAGAGGAAAAUUUUCCAAGAAAAAAAGGGGGGGGGGGAAAAAAAGGAAAAGGGUGUGUGGUGUGUGUGUGAAAUUCUGUUGGCCUCACGGUGUUGGGAGAUGCCAGUGGGCGCAGCCACGAGGCGGCGGGGGUCUGGGUACAGCGCCAGGUGAUGAAACCGUCAAGGACUUUUCUUUUUGUCCCUUUAUUUCCCACCAGGAAAGGUGCCUUUUCCCUUGGCCAAGGCCUGUGUGGGGCGG